CGGUGGCUCUGUCGGGGGCGGUCCGGCCUUAGGGCGAUGGCGCAUAAAACCGCUGGCCACCUGCCGGGACGUUCCUCCGCCCGCUGCCGUCCAGGACCCAUAGUGACCCGCGGCCCCGGAGCCGCCGCCGCGUCUGCCCCAGUCCCUGUCCCCGCUAGGCGCGGAGCCCCGCGAGCGCCGGGCUGGCACCAGGGCGCGCAGACAUGAGCCGGCGCACAGGAGAGCGCUGGGCGACCGCUGUGCUGGGCCUGGUCGGCCUGCUGUUUGUCGCGCUGGGCGUCUUGAUGGUCUACAUGGUGCCCUCAAUCAUCAAGGAGCAGGUCCUCAAGAAUGUGCGCAUUGACCCCAGCAGCCUGUCCUUCAACAUGUGGAAGGAGAUCCCCGUGCCCUUCUACCUCUCCGUCUACUUCUUCAGCAUCCUCAACCCCAAGGCCGUCCUCCAGGGUGAGAAGCCGUGGGUGCAGGAGCGCGGGCCCUAUGUGUACAGGGAGUUCCGGCACAAGAUCAACAUCACGUUCAACGACAAUGACACCGUGUCCUACCGCGAGUAUCGUCGCUUCCAGUUUCAGCACGACAAGUCCUGCGGCUCUGAGAGCGACUACAUCGUAAUGCCCAACAUCCUGGUCAUGGGCGCAGCAGCGAUGAUGGAGAAUAAGCCCAUGUCUCUGAAGGUGAUGAUGGCCCUCAUGUUAACCUCCUUCGGGGAGCACGCGUUCAUGAAUCGCACCGUUGGUGAGAUCAUGUGGGGCUACGACAACAAAUUCUUGAAUUUUCUGAAUCAAUACUUCCCAAACGUUAUCCCCUUCAAGGGCAAGUUCGGGUUAUUUGCAGAGCUCAAUAACUCUGAUUCUGGACUCUUCACCGUGUUCACGGGGGUCAAAGACUUGAGCAGGAUCCACCAGGUGGACAAGUGGAAUGGGCUCAGCAAGGUGAACUACUGGCGCUCUGACCAGUGCAACAUGAUCAACGGGACGGCUGGGCAGAUGUGGGCGCCGUUCAUGACCCCUGAGUCCUCGCUGGAAUUCUACAGCCCUGAGGCCUGCAGGUCCAUGAAGCUCAUCUACAAGGAGUCGGGGAUGUUCGAGGGCAUCCCCACCUACCGCUUCGUGGCCCCCAACACCUUGUUCGCCAACGGGUCAGUGUACCCGCCCAACGAGGGGUUCUGCCCGUGCUUGCAGUCUGGGAUCCAGAACGUCAGCACCUGCAGGUUCAAUGCGCCCUUGUUCCUCUCCCAACCUCAUUUCUACAACGCUGACCCGGAGCUGGCAGAGGCGGUGAAGGGCCUCCACCCCAACGAGGAGGAGCACUCCCUGUUCCUGGACAUCCACCCGGUCACAGGAAUCCCCAUGAACUGCUCUGUGAAGCUGCAGUUGAACCUGUAUAUGAAGGCUGUGAAAGGCAUCGGACAAACAGGGAAGAUCAACCCGGUGGUCCUGCCGCUGCUAUGGUUUGGAGAGAGCGGGGCCAUGGAGGGCAGUCCCCUUAAGACAUUCUACAACCAACUGGUGCUGUUGCCCAGAGCGCUGAACUACGUCCAGUACCUGCUGGUUGCCCUGGGCUGCAUCCUGGUGCUCAUCCCCAGCGCCUACGUGAUCCUGACCCAAGGUCCGGAUGAUGCCACCAGCCAGCCCAGCCUGACCACACAGCCGGACUGGCCCCCCAGCCCCUGCACCCCACUUCUUCAGGACUCUCAUGGUAGACAGCCUGCCAGUCUCACAGUCUGAGCCCCUGGUCACCGCACUCCCUGCCUGGGUGUGGGGUUUGAUUUGUGUGCAGACCCACUCAGGGAUGGGGCCACCGCCAAGAGGUCUGGGGAGAAACUCAUCAACAAGGACUGUUCUGGAACCUCUCCCAGGGACCCGCGGGCUUGGCCAGGGCAAGGGUGCUCAUCUCGCCUUAGGAGAACCCAGGACCACCCUGUUAGCCCGGAGCUGCAGCUCUGAGCCCUUUCGCUGCUUCCCCUGGUCUUCGCCCCUGUCAGGAAACACAGCUGUUCUACUGAAGCUCACCCGUGGCCAGGCCAGGCCCAGUGCAGGCCUCAUGGCCCUGCUUGUGGGCUGGCCCAGCCCCCUGCCCCAGAGCCCUGAGCAGUGGACACCCACAAGUAGAGACCAGCAGGCCCCUGUGAGGGCUGGACACAGCUGCUUCUCCCCAAGGCCUCUGACCCCUAAAGUCCACAGGCACUGAGACUGGGGUCCCCUGCCCAUUUCAGCAGAAACUGACAUCUGUGUAUCUAGCCGGCCACAUGCUGUGGGGUGUGGGGCCCUGUCCAGGCAGCCCCAGGAACCUCAGUGCACAGGGCCCCGCGGCGGGGCCCUGUCUGGAGGUGCGAGGGUCUGGAGGUGCACCAGUCUGGAGGUGCACCCACCAGCUCUGGGCUUCUGGGCUCUGGAGGAAGCUUGUCUCUUUUCUACUGGAAAAGAAAUUAAUUUUAUUGCCUUUUGAAAAUA